GUAGGCAGUGCAGACGACGCUAACAUGGCAGCGUGUCGGAUACUGCGGUCGCUCUCCUCUUCCCAUUUAUCCCCUUGUUUUAGGGCCUAUCAGUACCACAAUGGAAGUCUUGCCAGUCUAGCGAGGUCCAGGGGCUUCCCAGCACUGUUCCAGGUGCGCAACUAUGCAGAGAAGAAGGUAUUCCAAAGAGACAAGCCCCACUGUAACAUAGGUACCAUUGGUCACGUUGACCAUGGCAAGACAACUCUGACAGCUGCCAUCACCAAAGUGCUGUCUGACAAGGCCCUUGCAAAUGCAAAGCGGUACGAUGAGAUUGACAAUGCCCCCGAGGAGAAGGCCAGAGGUAUCACCAUCAAUGUUGCUCAUAUUGAGUAUUCAACAGACAAGAGGCAUUAUGGCCACACUGAUUGCCCAGGCCAUGCUGAUUACAUUAAGAACAUGAUCACCGGCACUUCCCAGAUGGACGGAGCCAUCCUGGUGGUGGCGGCAACAGACGGUGUCAUGCCACAGACCAGGGAGCAUCUUACUCUUGCCAAACAGAUUGGCAUUCAACACAUUGUCAUCUUCAUCAAUAAGGUGGAUGCUGCUGAUGAAGAAAUGAUAGAGUUAGUGGAGAUGGAGAUCCGUGAAUUGAUGUCAGAGAUGGGCUAUGACGGAGAUAACAUUCCCAUUGUGAAGGGUUCUGCUCUUUGUGCCCUUGAAGAGAAGAGUGAUGAUAUUGGAGUGAAGGCUAUUGAAGAACUCAUGAAACAUGUUGACGAGGAGAUUCCAACCCCUGUGAGAGAAUUAGACAAACCAUUCUGCCUGUCUGUGGAAGGAGUUUAUUCUAUAGCAGGACGUGGCACGGUGGUAACAGGCCGGCUGGAGCGUGGCAAGAUCAAGAAGGGCAUGGACUGUGAAUUCAUCGGCUACAACAAGAAGAUCAAGAGCACCAUCACGGGCAUUGAGAUGUUCCACCAGAUCUUAGAGGAGGCUCAGGCUGGGGAUCAGCUGGGGGCCUUGGUGCGCGGCCUGAAGAGGGACGACGUCAAGCGUGGCAUGGUGAUGGCCAAGCCAGGAACAAUGAAGUCGCAUGACAAUGUGGAGACACAGGUGUACAUCCUCAGCAAGGAGGAAGGUGGGCGCAGCAAGCCAUUCACCUCGUACAUCCAGCUGCAGCUCUUCAGCAAGACCUGGGACUGUGCAGCCCAGGUCAUUGUCACUGAGAAGGAGAUGGUCAUGCCUGGAGAAGAUGCCAAGCUGACCUUGCGACUGCAGAAACCCAUGGUCAUGGAAAAGGGACAGCGCUUCACACUACGUGAUGGCUCAGUCACUCUGGGAACAGGCGUAGUCACUAACAUCCUGAACAACCUGAGUGAGAAUGAACGUGUCGACCUCAUGGCAGGCAAGAAGGCCCGAGAGAAGAAGGCUGCUGCUGAAAAAUAAAUAACUCUGGGGAGAGAGGAAGGGAAAGAGGAAUGACAGCAGGUGAAUGCAGCGGAUUUUUCAUGAACGCUGGAGGAGUUAGUUAGAGGAAAGCCAGGAACACUAAGGGUAUACAGGCUAUAGUGUAACCUUGGGUAAAGCAGUGCUGUUGGUGUUGAUAUAAUAUAUAUAUAUAUUUUAUUCCAAACCCCUGUGAAUGAUAAAAGAAAAAUGAUCUUAGUGUCUAUUUUAUGUGGACUGACAAGAAUCUUAAUUGAAUCAAUGGGAAGUGGAAUUUUGCGUUUUAGGGUGGAAGAAAGUUUGAAAAAUUACAUUGUUGUAGAAUUCACAAACAUUGGAAAGUAUAACAGGUUGAGAUAAGUAUGUAAAUAUUAUAAAGAUAUGAAUUUUAUUUCAAGUGAAUUUGUCUUAUAAAACAAAACAAAAAACAGAAAACACCACAGCCUACAUUCAGCUUGUAAUUCAAAUUAAGAAAUUUGUUAAUGUGUACUGUAUAUAAACAAACCUUGAAAAGUCUCAAUCAUGCACUGCAAAUCUCUUUAUGAAAAUGUUAGGAUUCAAAUUCCUUUGGUUCAUGACCAGUGAUUAUAUGUAUUGUUCAG